GCUUCACCGAGUAGAGCCUGGCGCACCCCGCCAGGCCCGCCGACAUCUGCUGCGUGUCCGGUUCCGCUCUCCGCGCCCCCGCUGCAGUCGGCGCUGCCUCGAUGUUCCAGUUGCCCAUCUUGAAUUUCAGUCCCCAGCAAGUGGCCGGGGUAUGCGAGACUUUGGAGGAGAGCGGCGACGUAGAGCGCCUGGGUCGCUUCCUCUGGUCGCUGCCCGUGGCCCCUGCGGCCUGUGAGGCCCUCAACAAGAAUGAAUCGGUGCUGCGCGCGCGAGCCAUCGUGGCCUUUCACGGCGGCAACUACCGCGAGCUCUAUCAUAUCCUGGAAAACCACAAGUUCACCAAGGAGUCGCACGCCAAGCUGCAGGCGCUGUGGCUCGAAGCGCAUUACCAGGAGGCUGAGAAGCUGCGUGGACGGCCCCUGGGGCCGGUGGACAAGUACCGCGUGAGGAAGAAGUUCCCGCUGCCGCGCACCAUUUGGGACGGCGAACAGAAGACACACUGCUUCAAGGAGCGCACGAGGCAUCUGCUACGGGAAUGGUAUCUGCAGGACCCAUACCCUAACCCCAGCAAAAAGCGUGAGCUCGCCCAGGCAACCGGACUGACCCCUACGCAGGUGGGCAACUGGUUCAAAAACCGCCGACAAAGGGACCGGGCGGCUGCAGCCAAGAACAGUAUUGUAAAUCUCACAAAGGCGGCCAACAACCGCGAACGAACCUGUGAGCCCAGCAUCUCAGAUGGGGAGCCCAGAAAGGAUUCAGAAGAAGGAUGGGACAACUGAUGGGCUACUUGGAGAGGCGGCCAGCUGUGGAAUCCUUCCUGGCUUCCGUUGCCUCACUUUUCCCACUUUAACUGCCGGGGUCUGUGGGAGAUCCGCUAGCCUUUGGGCUUAAGGGAAGCAAAGCGGGGGAGGGGGGGCAGGGGGGCGCAAGGGGAGGCUAUGUUACGCGCUGUGACUGGUGUCCCUUUCCUUCCCAUAGACUCCAGCAGCAGGUCAUGUCGCAGGGCUCCGGGCGGGCUCUAAGGGCUGAGGAAGAGGGCACGCCCGAGGUGCUGGGCGCCGCAGCCAGCCCGGCCGCCAGCCUAUCCAGCAAGGCCGCCACUUCGGCCAUCUCCAUCACGUCCAGCGACAGCGAGUGCGACAUCUGAGCUGCCCAUCCAGCACACUCGGAAACAGAAUCCACUAUUAAAACAACACAAAAUGAAAUAGGAAGGGAGGAUGAGAGACCACGCAAACCCAGCGCUUCCGAAACCAGGUGGCCAGGGACCCGCGGGCUCGGGUUGCGCGUUUCCGCCCGGCGGCCGGCCUGGCUCCACUGGCGCCCUCCGGCCGCUAUCAAAGGGGCCCGCGGUGAGGCUCAACCCAGCGCCACGUUCUCCUUGCUUUGCUUUUUCCCAAGAAUUUUACUGCAGAGAUGCCUCCGGAACCCGAACUGCACGCUGAGCGCCUGUCCUGAAUCUCCCGUGGGUAUUUCACGUCGAAAGGACGCUGUUAUAUAUGUAUAACUUUUGCUUUGAAGUUUAAAAAAACAAAACAAAACAUAUAUAUGCUGUUUAUUUACUUAUUUAAGAGAGUACCGUGGUAGGUUUCUCUGUAUCUUGGGAACUUGCUGUUUCUAAAGGCGCAGGGUUUCGAACAGAUGGGUUCUGUGUGAAGAAGCCAAACAAUAAAAACCUGGUGAGCAACC